GGAGGUAACCACGUGUUUCUGUUUUGACAGUUGACCGAACAGGUGAUAUGGUUUAGAGUUACAUUUAUCAGGUGAAAUUGAAUUAAAAUGUCGCACAUUUUAAGGAGGGCGAUACACUUGACACACAAAUCAUCAUUUAAAAGAGGAACACGACUUAAUUUUGCUUUUAGGUGCGUGUCAACACUUGACAUUAGUGGUGUAUAUCCUCCAAUUGCAACUCCUUUCAAUUCAGAUGAAUCGAUUGCAUACGACAAACUAGAGAGGAACUUGCAGCAAUGGAACACGAUUCCUUUCAAAGGAUAUGUGGUGCAGGGGUCAAAUGGAGAAUAUGCAUACCUGACCCCAGAGGAAAGAGUAGAAUUGAUGAAGAAAGUUGUUCAGUGGGUAGGAGACAAAAAACUGAUCAUUGCAGGUUCAGGAUGUGAAUCAACAAGAGAUACGAUAUCUAUGACACAGAAGAUGGCAGAUGUUGGAGCUCAGGCAGCCUUAGUUGUUACACCAUGUUAUUAUAAAGGAGGCAUGAAUAAUACAGCUCUUAUUAACCAUUACACAAAAGUAGCAGAUACCAGUCCAAUACCAGUUAUAUUGUACAGUGUGCCAGGAAACACAGCGAUAGACUUGGCCCCAGAAGUUAUCAUUAAAUUAUCAGAGCAUAAAAACAUUAUUGGAUUAAAAGACAGUGGAGGAGAUAUAGGUAAAUUAGGGUCAUUAGUGUUUGCUACACAGAAGAAUGAUUUCCAGAUAUUAGCAGGAUCAGCCAGUUUCUUGUUUCCAGCUUAUGCAGUCGGUUGUGUAGGUGGAGUGUUAGGUUUAGCUAAUGUCCUAGGAAAAGCUUGUUGUGACGUAGAACAGUUGUAUAAAGAUGGUAAAAUGGAGGAGGCUAAACAACUACAGCACAGACUCAUAGCACCUAACAUGGCUGUUACCAAAAGAUUUGGAGUUCCAGGGUUAAAGGUUGCUAUGGAAUGGUUUGGUUACUAUGGAGGUCCCACAAGGUCACCUUUACAACCAAUAGGACAAUCAGACAUUGACAUAAUAAGAAAUGUUUUCAAAACAAAUGGAUUUUUAGACUGAUUUAAAUAUUUUUAUAGCAUUAUAAAUAUAAAGGAAACUAUAUUUCAAUAUGGGUGAUAAAUAUGAUUGCAUUUACUGUUAAAUGGUGAUUAUGAUUGCAUUUGCUGGCAGAAGGUGAUUAUUCUGAUUGCAUUUAUACUGUCAAAUGGUGGCUAACAUGUUUGUAUUUUACUGUUAUAUAGUGAUUAUGUUAGAAGAUGAUAAAAGUGAUUGCAUUUACUGUUAGGUGAUUAUCGUGAUUGCAUUUACUGUUAGAAGGUGAUUAUUCUGAUUGCAUUUACCGUCAAAUGGUGAUUAUCAUGAUUGCAUUUGCACUUACGAAGAAAUGAUUGUCUUUAAUGGAAUAUGAUUGCAUUUACUGUAAACAGAAAAAAAUAUGGAAGUGGUAUUUUAUCAGAUAUUCUGCAAGUCCAUACAGAACCAGUUAUAGAUAUCUAAUCCAGAAAUGUUGAAUACAUUUCCCCCUUAUUUAUGAAUACUGAGGUUACAGAAUAUGUAUUUAUAUUUGAUACUAAACUAUAAAAGAUUUCAUAAUAAAUUUAUCAAAUUAUA